CCUUUUGAAAGCCGACUCCGCCGCGGGUUCACUCCACCCAAGGCUGCCGCCGACGCAAGAGGCGUGCGAGCGAGCGACCCUCAAAAAGGUUCGAACCCGACGCCGACGAUGGAGCUGCUUCCAGCCCGGGAGGCGGCCGGCAUCUACCACACCAACUACGUGAGGAACUCCCGGGCCAUCGGCGUCCUGUGGGCCGUGUUCAGCGUGUGCCUGGUCAUCAUCGCGGCGGUGGUGUUCAUCCAGCCCUUCUGGAUCGGCGACGGCGUCGACACGCCGCAGGUGGGCCACAUGGGCCUUUUCAGCUACUGCGCGGGCAACGCGCUCGCCACCGAGCUCAUCUGCAAGGGCGGCCCGCUGGACUUUGGUUCCAUCCCGUCGCCGGCCUUCCGCGCCGCCACGUUCUUCGUGGCCGCGUCCAUGCUGCUGACGGCGGCCGCCACCGUGUGCUUCGGCCUCUUCUUCUUUUGCGACGCCGGCAGCGUCUACAAGAUCUGCGCCUGGAUGCAGCUGGCGGCCGCCAUUUUGAUGGUGAUGGGCUGCAUGAUCUACCCCGACGGCUGGGACGCCCCCGAGGUCAAGCGAAUGUGCGGCCAGCAGACAGACAAGUACAGCCUGGGGAAGUGCACGGUGCGCUGGGCCUACAUCUUGGCCAUCAUCAGCAUCCUGGACGCUCUCCUGCUGGCCUUUCUCUCCUUCACGCUGGGAAACCGGCAGGACAAACUGUUGCCGGAGGACUUUGUGGCAGAGGGUGCAGGUAAGGAACUAGUGUCUCACCGGGAGGGGGUCAGCGGAAGGGGGGCCAAGAGGCGCCUUUUGCUUUGGCGUCGUCAUCGGUCAACUUUAGCCGAUGCAGUGCGAUCGCUGAUCGAUCGGAAAUUAGUGGGACAGAUUUUAACCUCCAGGCUGUACGAUUACAAAUCUGCACUGCUACUCAAAUGUUUUAAAUGA